AUGAUUCCUGCUGUCUUCCUGGUCAUCCUGUGCUUGGGAAUGGCCUCAUCAUCACCUGAACCUGAUCCUGUUUUGGAUGGUGAAUGGCAGAUGUGGAAAAUCAAAUAUGGAAAAACAUAUAGUCUGAUUGGUAAUUUUGGAACUGAGGAAGAAGGAAAGAAGAGAGCAGUAUGGAAAGAAAAUAUGAAGAAGAUCAAACUGCACAAUGGGGAGAAUGGCCUGAGGAAGCAUGGCUUCACCAUGGAAAUGAAUGCCUUUGGUGACAUGACAAGUGAAGAAUUCAGGAAAAUGAUGAUUGACAUCCAAAUCCCAGCUGUCAAGAAAGGAAAAAGUGUCCAGAAGCGUCAGGCAGCUAAUCUGCCCAAAUUUAUAAACUGGAAAAAGAGAGGCUAUGUUACCCCUGUGCAGAGACAGGGAAUAUGUAACUCUUGUUGGGCUAUUUCUGUGACUGGUGUCAUAGAAGGACAAAUUUUCCAGAAAACAGGCCAACUGAUCACUCUGAGUGUACAGAACCUAGUGGACUGCUCUAGACCUCAAGGCAAUGAAGGCUGUUAUGUAGGCUCUACAUACAGUGCAUUGAAGUAUGUGAAGGAAAAUGGAGGUCUAGAGUCUGAGGCAACCUAUCCAUAUGAAGGAAAGGAAGGAUCAUGCAGGUACAAUCCAGAAAAUUCUACUGCUAGUAUCACAGAUUUUGAGCUUCUCCCAGCGAGUGAAGAUGCCCUAAUAUAUGCUGUGGCAACUAUUGGGCCCAUUUCUGUUGCAGUCGAUGAAUGGCAUGAAUAUUUCCUGUUCUAUAAAAGAGGUAUAUAUUAUGAGCCAAACUGCAAAAACACUACUCUCAAUCAUGCUAUGUUACUGGUUGGCUAUGGAUUUUUAGGACAAGAAUCAGAUGGCAGGAAGUACUGGCUGGUCAAGAACAGCAUUGGUAUACAAUGGGGCAAUAGAGGAUAUAUGAAGCUUGCCAAAGACCAGGAAAAUCACUGUGGAAUUGCUACAUUUGCACUUUACCCCAGAGUGUGA